UUUAGUACGGUGGCCGAGAGGGGCAAACCAACAUUACAAAAUCUGAAACACUUUUACAAAGCUUGAGACAAAUUUACAUUUUGGAAAACAUUUUUACAUAUCAUAAAACAAAAUUACAUUACCAAAACACAUUACCAAGUCCCGAAACAAAUUUACAUUUCAGAAAACAAAUUAACUAGACGCGAAACACUUUUACAAGUCCCGAAACAAAUUUACAAGUGGCGAAACAAAUUUACAAACGACAUUAGCCGGAAAGGGAAUGUACCAAUUCCAAAGUUGACGCGGAAGUGAUAACGGAAGCGCUCAAUUUGAGUUGAUGGCGGUUGAUGGAGUUCAUGGUGACCCAAAAUGGACAGCGAUAGAGUGGUGUUUUGCCCGUUUUGUGGCAAACAUAUGAGCCAAUUAACUAGAUUUUGUUUUUCGUGUGGUCGGUCUUUGGAGUUUUUAAAUGGCGCAGACCAGACAGAAGGACCAAACACACAGGGGACAUCUCAACAGCCGGAUAAUGCUAAACAAACAGAAAAACCUUGCACAUCAUACAAACAGUUCAUGGAGUACAGAAGUGCAAAGUCCAAAGAGCGUCAGUCUUUUAACUACGGGCCGAGAGGAAGACAUCGGGCUAAAGAACGAAAACACGUCCAGAUAAACAUUGGAUUGAUGGUGCCAAAUGGAACUGAUUUAAAACCUCUAAGAGGGAAAACGCUCCCGUUAUUUGUAGACCCAGAGGUAGCAGCACCUGAUGUACUGAAACAAGCUGUCCAGAAAAUGAAAACAUUUAACAAGGACAUGCCAGAAGGACCGUACAUCCUUUUGUAUCCAGACUGCUCAGAGGUGGUCCAUGUGCCUGGAUCAGAAAGGCCAUUCAAAUUGGCAGAAUAUAAAAAGGAACUAGGAAGGCCAUAUUGCAGGAUCACAUUUUUCAUUUGCCUAGAAACACAUUUUAAAGGAGGAGCAACGGAUAAUACUUCAGACUCUGAUUCUGAAAUUGUCAUCGCAUCAAGGAGCACAGCUGAAUUCAAUCGAGCUGACACAGUGGUUUUUGAACCACAAAACCGAAGUACUCCCAAACUCAAACCUAAAGAUGAAAGAGAUGCACCGGGACAUUCAGCAACAAUUCGGCCUGGACAGAUAGUAAUAUCUGAUGCUGAGGAUAUGGAUCCAUCUGAAACAAAUCCAGACAAGACUUGCUACAGUAAAUACACGGACCUGUAUGCACCAGGUGUUGAGGAAGAGGAUGAGGAGCUGGUUGCAGUCAAUGUGGAGAAUUUCCAACACACGGCAGUGGAGGAGAUGGACAUUACACUACCUGACAUUGUAGCAAACCUGGCACUUCCUAUUGAUCACAAGAGUCAGCAGGUUCAACAUCUCAAGGGCUAAUGUUUGGGAUGGAGCCGUCAGAGGUUUCAAGCGUACAACAUAUUCUGAAACCUGUGACAUGCUGGUCAGAUUUACUGAUGAUGCUGGUAUUUUUGAGGAGGGAAUUGACACUGGUGGUCCAAGACGAGAAUUUUUAUCUCUGCUAAUGAAACACCUGAAAGACCGGCCCAUUUUUGAUGGACCAGAAGGACAUCGGUUCUUGGUCUACAAUGCAAAUGAUUGAGAAUGCUGCUUCAUUGGAUGCUCUGCAAGAAUGUAUCAUGAGACACAGCACAAUGUUACAGACAGCAGGCUGUCUGAGACAUGUGGCUGCUGUGGAAGAAAAGAAAGAAAUUGUGGCAGACUACCUCCAGUGGUAUAUUAUUGACCGCAACUCAUCUGUAAUUGACAGAUUCAAAGAUGGUCUUUCAGCCCUUCAGUUUCUGACUACACUACAGCAACACCCUACUUUGCUGACCCCUGUCCUGUGCCACUUUGAAAAGCGACUCACUGGCUUUGAGCUCGAAAAACUCUUCAAACCUGACCUCAGCCCUUCAGGGAGUAAUAGGAGACUAAAAGAAAGUCAAACUGUGGCCUACUGGGCAGACUAUCUCCUUGACUGUGAAGAAGGCGCGGCUGCUGUGUCUGUGGAGGACGUUUUGAUGUUUGCAACUGGGCUGACAUCACUUCCCCCAUCUGGCUUGCAACCAUUGCCACAAAUAGAGUUCCUGGAUGACUCCCCAUUCCCAAUGGCAAAUACAUGUUCAAACUUGUUGAAAUUACCACUCCUGGACACAUAUAGUGUGUUUAAAUCACAAAUGGACUUUGGAAUUCAAAAUAGUCCAGGAUUUGGCUGUCUAUAAGCCCUAUGACUGGAAACCCCUAGAGCUCUGACUCUAAAAAUGUUGUUUCUUUGUUGCUGUUAUAGUUGCAUUUGUUAAGGAGGCUUUUAUAAUGUAAGGGUAUGUGAGCAUUCUCAGUUAGCAUUUUGACAAUUGUUUUAGAUUGUGAUCCAUGACCCAUUAUUUUUAUUCCCACUUUGAAAUAUUGAAGCUGUGGAUGACACAUUAAGACACUUUGUGUACAUGUUCCACCACCGUU